CAUUCAACAACCCAAUGAAUGCAUGAUCCAUGCGCGUCUUGAUCUCGUUUAUACUACUACUUUACGGGAUCCUCCUGUCUCCGGAUUCGAUCACGGCAUUGACAGAAAAUUACUAGUUCAUGAUCAGUUCAUGUAUAUAAUCCAUUGACCAUUUGCCCCGAACAGCUCGCUGGGAGACACCUGUCUCCUGCCACCUGGGGCGUGUCCGUGAAUCGAGGCCUGAUUUGAAUUCCUGGGUGAUAUCCGCCGCCAUGUCGGCCUGGUCGGCGUUUGGUGGGGGAAUCCCGUUUUCCGGCGGGCUGGUGGCUCUUCGCGCCUCAACUUGGCGACUCAAUGCUCGCUUAACCAGGCCACUCGGCCCCAGGCAUCGGCCCCUGAGCAGCCUGACAUCCGGCCUGACUUAUCCGGCUUGUGGUGCUGGACUAGCGGCUUGGCCCUCGGGCCAAUAUGUGGCCCGGGUCCGCCCCUCGAGCUACUCCCAUCUGAGAUUGGGACCUAUGGCGGCCAUGGCUUCCACGGCGGGACCUGAAACGCCUUCAUCCGGGGGACCGCAACCGAAUCAGCCCCCCUCAACCCCGUCACAUUGGGUACUGAUGGCGGGAGUGGCCUUAGUUGGGGUGGGUCUUUUGACGGCCAAGUUAUCCGGUCAAGAUCUCGUCUAUAUACCGUCCAUGUUAAAAAAAGCCGCGGAAGGAGCUGAUCCGCCGGAAAGUUCCGCCCCCAAUCGUCGGUCUUCGAAUCCGGUCGAGAGUGUGACCUCAGUCGCUACGUCCACGCCUGACGUGCCCCAGAACUUACCCGUCACUUCGUUGCAUCGGGCGGAAAUUCCGGAUUUGCCGCGAUUCGUGCCUUACGUUCUGGUGGGUGCCGGUGCGGCCGCUUUUGCCGCUUUUCGAGCCAUCAAAUCCGAGGACCCCACGGCCAAAGUCUUGAUGAUUGGCGACGAGAACCACUACCCUUAUAUGCGGCCUCCUCUCUCAAAGGAGUUGUGGUAUAGUGAUAAAAUCGAACGAGAUGACAUUUCGUUUACGCAGUGGAAUGGCCGCCAACGAUCGCUUUAUUUUGAGCCACCCCCGUUUUUCACCCCUUUGUCGGAGCUGACGGAAAAGAAGAAUGGAGGCGUGUCCAUUGUCCGUGGGCACAAAGUGGUCAAGGUGAAUUCCGUCAAGCAAGAGGUCGAAUUGGAUAACGGGAGUGUGGUUGGGUUCAAGAAAUGUUUGAUUGCCACCGGGGGCCGACCCAAGAAGUUUCCCGUGCUGGACAAAAACCCGUUGAUGCGGGCUAAAGUCAGUACAUUCAGAACUGCUCAAGAUUUCUUUGACUUGAAGGAUAAAGCCCAGCAUAUGAAGAAAAUAGCCAUUAUUGGCGGAGGGUUCUUGGGUAGUGAACUCGCUUGCGCUUUGGCUCUUAAAUCCAGAAACAAAUGGGAUUCCAAGUUAGAAGUGAUUCAAAUCUUUCCGGAGAAUGGAAAAAUGGGCAAGGUUCUUCCCGAAUAUUUAUCUGCCUGGACGACCGAAAAAGUUCGAGAUGAGGGGGUGACCAUCAAAAGCGGGCAAAAAAUUGAACAAGCCGAGGUGGGUGGACCCAAGAAUGAUCUUAUUCUCACCUUGAGCGAUGGAGAAAAGCUCACAGUGGAUCAUGCAGUCGUGGCCAUCGGUUUGGAAGCCAAUACAGAUCUGGCCAAGAGCUCGCGCUUAGAAGUGGACAACGAGUUUGGUGGAUUCCGCGUCAAUGCCGAGCUUGAAGCCAGGAGCAAUGUUUAUGUCGCCGGCGAUGCCGCUAGUUUUUAUGACGUGAUUUUGGGACGUCGACGUGUAGAGCAUCACGAUCACGCCAUCGUAUCCGGACGACAAGCGGGUUUGAAUAUGGUGAGGGGUCUGGCCCAACCGUACACUCAUCAGUCCAUGUUCUGGUCAGAUCUUGGUCCGGAUGUGGGCUAUGAGGCCGUGGGCCUUAUUGAUUCAACUCUACCAACCGUCGGCGUGUUUGCCCGAGGCACGCAAGGCGACACGCCCAAAGCUGCUGUUACUCAAAGUGACGAAGCUAUGAGAUCCGAAAGUCAAGAGGGAGAUGAGUCCGAAGCAAGUUCGGGUUCUUCGCCGGUUUCGCCUCGAGCAUCGUCGUCCCUCCCAUUGGCGGAAAAUGAAAAGUAUGGAAAAGGAGUGAUUUUCUACCUUAAAGACGACGUUGUCGUGGGGGUGCUCAUGUGGAACGUGUUUAAUCGUGUGUCAUUAGCACGGCGCAUUAUCCGUGAAAACAAGCGAUAUGAGGAUCUGGCCGACCUAGCUAAAUUGUUCGAUAUCUAUAAAGACGAGGAAGAAAUCAAUUAGCGCUUUGGUAUAAGACAGACAAAUGUGUGACUGGCGAAUAAAACGUUUCAUCAAG